AUGUGCGCGGAGUUUGGCACACAGCAGGAUGGAAAGCUGGAGGGAUAUCGGUCUUGCGUCGAAGGUGCAAACUUGAUUCUUCACUACCAGUCAGUUUUGCCUGAGGCACUGGCACGCUUCUCUGGCGAAUCCGGACCCCGCACUAGACGCCUCGCCUCUACUUAUCCGAUGCAACAUAGCAUCAAGGCGCACAAGUCUCUCUACGAUACUGGCAAUAUUCUUUACUGCAAUAUCUCCCUAAACAACAUUAUCAUUACGGACCCUGCAACAUCAGCUGGCUUCAAGGGCAUACUCGUCGACUUUGAUCUGGCAAAAGUACGAGACGCCAGUCCGGAUCAAACCGGUACAAGACAGUUUAUGGCCAUCGAGGUAUCGUGCAAUAUCGACCACACUUACCGCCACGAUCUGGAGUUGUGUUUCUAUAUCCUGCUUUAG